GGUAUGCUACAGCAUAGGGUGUUUUCCACAUUGUGACAAUAUGAAGCUGUUUCCUGCAGCCCUGCUAUUGGUCCUUUUGAUCACGCUGCACCAUUCCUGUGCUCUGAGUCCCAUAGACUGCAAUGAUGCUGAGCCUAUGGCUGGGGAAGUUCUAGACUUGAUCAAUAAAGGACGACGGGAUGGCUACCUCUUCCAGUUGCUGCGGGUUGCCGAUGCCCACUUGGACAAAGGGGAAUUUGCAGCGGUCUAUUAUUUAGUCUUAGAUGUGAAAGAAUCUGACUGUCAAGUGCUAUCCGGGAAACACUGGAAUGACUGCGAGCCAAAUGUUUCUAGACGUCCAUCUGCCAUGGUGAUUGGACAAUGUAAAGUAAUAGCUACAACAUGUUGGAGUGACAAUCAAGAGCUUAGAGUGAAGGACUUUAACUGCACCACAAGUUCUGUCUAUGCAGCACUGGCCAAUACAAAGGACAGCCCUGUACUCAUCGAUUUCAUAGAGGAUACUUAUCUCUACAGAAAACAGGCUGACUUAGCCCUUGAGAAGCAGAAAACAGAGAACAGUGAUUUUGUCUCUUUCAGAGUUGACCAAGUGGAGAGAGUGGCUAGAGUGAGAGGUGACGAACGAACCAAUUAUUAUGUGGAUUUCUCUGUGAGGAACUGCUCUGGUCAUCCAUUUCCCAGGCACUUUAAUAUCUUUGGAUUCUGCAGAGCAGACUUUUCCUAUAACAGAGAAGACCUUGACUUGGAAACCCCAAAAGAUGUUGUUAUAAACUGUGAAAUCUUCAACCUUGAGGUGAGUCUUCAACCGAUCAGUGGUGUCCACCACCCUCCAGGCCAUCAUUUCCACUCUGGUGAGCAGGGGCAUUCUCAUGCUGGCAAGCCUGUUGGACCCCACAGUCAUCAUAAACCCCACAAAUCACAUAAAGCUGGAGGCCCACCUCCUGAAGGAGACAGACCACCAUUCCAAUUGGAAUGUCAUCCUUGUACUAAGAGGGCCGGUGGACACCCUCAACAUCAUAAUUCCAGUGAGCAUCAUCCCCAUGGUCACCAUCACCAUGGACACCAUCCCCAUGGUCACCAUCAUGAUGGACAGCAUCCUCAUGAUCACCAUCACCAUAGACACCGUCCUCAUGGUCAUCAUCACCAUGGACACCGUUCUCAUGGUCAUCACUGCCAUGGACCUCCUCCCCAUGAACAUCAUCCCCCUGGCUAUGAUUUUGAAGAUGAUGGGCCCUGUGAUCCAGCACCACACAGAGAUUGUGUUCAAGAUCAACACCCACCACCCCAACAUCACCAUCACUGUGGCCAUAAUCCACCUUCUAGGCACUCAAAAGAGAAAGGUUCAGGCAAAAGACAUUCUCCCUUUCCAAGAAGACAAAAUGAGUAUGUCUACCGACUCCCUCCAUUGGAGAAAGGUGAACUUCUUCCUUCUCCUGAAGCCAAUUUCCCCACUUUUCCAUUGUCAAACCAUCAUCCUCCAACCUCUGAAUCAUGUCCAGGGAAAUUUGGGGAGUUCCCCCAACUCUCCCAGUUUUUUGAAAAUGAAAAAUAAAACCUCAUUUCCUUGAAUCAUAAAUGUUUGGACUCAAGGAAAAAUGAACAGUAUCCCAAAUUAAAACUAUUAAUAAAUGUGGCUAGUAAUAAAUGUGAAACUACAAGUUAAAUUAUUUAAUUCUUACAUUAAUAUAUAUCAAAAUAGAUCAAAAUGGGGGGGAGGAAAGAUUUUAUUGCUACGAGUCACAAGUUCAUUCUGUCACUGGCCACUGCAACUCUUGAAACAAAUCUGUGAUACUCAAGUUUUCUUUCCAGGACCCAACUCCAGUUGAGAAUCCUUCCUCUAUCAGCACUUUUGUUGUAGCUAGAAAUACUAAGAAGUUAUUGUCACUUCAAGCAGCAGUCUAUAUAUGAUUUUCUGGCAUAUUCAGUGUAGGUAUUGAACUUGGGCCCUUAUCUUUGCAAGUCCAAAGUUCUAAACUCCAUGUCACUGAAGCAAUACUCUUAUAAAAUUUACUCAAAAGGGGCCAAGUAGUGGUGCACCUGGUGAUUGCACUUAUUACAAUGCACAAGGAUCAAGGUUCAAGCCCCCAGUCCCUACCUGUAGGAGAGAAAGCUUCACAAGCAUGAAACAGCAUUGCAUGUGUCUCUCUUUCUUCCUCUCUUCCCUCUCCCUUCCCUCUCUAUUUCUCUCCAUCUAUAUCCAAUAAAUAAUUUUUAAAAACUUA